AUGAAAUCCGUGAAUAUUUUGAAAAUGCUUGAAGCGAAUAAAGAAAAUAGAAACUUUUAACCUGCUUAAAAUAGAUAAAACAGAGUUCAAUCUACUUUGUUCAUAAAAGAUGAGUUUUCUCAAUAAAAUAUAAAACCAAGAAUUAUAAGAGUCUCUAAAUGGAAUAAGUCAUAAAAUAUCAGAGAUAAUAUGAAGAGAGAGGAUCAUAGACAUAUUAGUUAUGAAAUGCCCAGAUAAAAAACUGAUUAAUAUUAGCAUAUGUAAAGAACUUUAAAAAAUAGAAGUCUAACUAACAUCCAAAUUUCAAUCAUUAAUUAAGCUUAGAAUAAUAAUCACAAUAAUAAUGCUUCAAUUUCAUUACCUAAUACCAACAAAUAUUUAGUUACAAGAGGAUUAGAUAAAUUUUAAUCAACAGAAAACAAUGGGAAUCCACAAUUAGUUACAAUCUACAAACAAGAUAUUUAUAACUAUCUUGAAGAACUUAAUUAAAAGUAACAAUAGUAAAAUGCUAUCUCAUAUAAUGCUUUUUAUUCAUAAAGUUAGAUUAAUCUCAAAAUGAGAAAUGUACUAAUAAAUUGGCUCUUUGAAGUUCAUCAUAAAUUAAAGUUGCAAUUGGAAACUCUCUUGCUGACUAUAUGGUUACUCGACAAAUUUAUUGAAACUAAUUUAGUAUAAAAGAAUAGAUUUUAAUUAUUUGGAAUUGCUUGUUUAUUCAUUGCAUCAAAAUAUCAAGAAGUUUAUGGUGUACCAAAAAGUGGUCAAUUAUCAAAGUUGUGCGAUGAAAUUUAUAGCAAAGAAGAUAUAUUGAAGGCAGAAGGGCAAAUACUAUAAAAUAUCAACUUUAAUUUAUCUUUCAUUUCACCACUUCGAAUAUUUGAACAUGUAGUUGAAGUAGAUGAUUAAAUCAGUUGGCAUCAUUUAGUUAUGGAUUUGCUAAUGGAGAUCCCAUUUAAAUAGUGGCCACUAUUCUAAACAUUGUUGGAAAAAUCUCUAACAAAAAGAUUGAUACCUCAAUGUUAAAGCUCUUAGGUAGAUUCUAAUCAAACCAAUAAAUUAGCAAAAGAGUUAAUUUAAACUUGGUUUCUUGAUGAAGUUAAUCAACCAUUUCCAUCUCUAAUCAAAAAGUAUUAGCACUCUCAUUAUAAUCAUGUUUCAACAAUUAAUUUUAGUUUAGAUCUAUUUUUGUGA